AGGCGGCGGGGGGCGGCGGGGCCGGCGCCAGGCGUGCACUUGUCCAUCGGCGCUGCCGCCGGAGACGCGAGCCGGAGCCAGGAAAUAUUAGGAAGACGUGCUUUUCAAAGCUAAUUAUGAAAACAUUUGUCAUUGGAAUUGGUGGCGUGACCAAUGGUGGGAAGACAACACUGGCUAAGAAAUUGCAGAAACACCUGCCAAAUUGCAGUGUCAUAUCCCAGGAUGACUUCUUCAAGCCAGAAUCUGAGAUAGAGACAGAUAAAAAUGGAUUUUUGCAGUAUGAUGUGCUUGAAGCGCUGAACAUGGAAAAAAUGAUGUCAGCUGUUUCCUGCUGGAUGGAAAAUCCAAGACACACUCGGCAAUCGACAGACAGGAAUGAGGAAAUCUGCAUUUUAAUCAUCGAAGGUUUCCUUCUCUUUAAUUAUAAGCCGUUUGAUCCUAUAUGGAAUAGAAGCUAUUUUCUGACUAUUCCCUAUGAAGAAUGCAAGAGGAGGAGGAGCACCAGAGUCUAUGAGCCUCCAGACCCCCCUGGGUACUUCGAUGGCCAUGUGUGGCCCAUGUACCUAAAGCACAGACGAGAAAUGGAGGACAUCGCGUGGGAAGUUGUCUACCUAGAUGGGACAAAAUCUGAAGAGGACCUAUUUUCACAAGUAUAUGAAGAUCUAAUACAAGAACUAGCAAAACAAAAGUGUUUGCAAGUAACAGCAGAAGGAUGCAAUGCAGCAAACCCUUUCUGAGCUGAAUUAGGAAACUCAAAGAAAACAUUUAGGAUCCUUAACCAAGGUGUGCUGUGUACUGUGGUACAGUGAUUUUGUAUGAUUUUUCUAUCACACAUGGUUUCUGCAACAGCUAGUACAGGAAGUAUCCAUCCCAAUGGACAGGAAUCCAGUAAUGAGCUGGUCUCACUGUAAGUGGAGCAUCGGCACAGCACAGCUCAUGAACACGGAGCGAGCUCCUCUAUAACAAUGACUGCUAAACUUUUCUGACUGGAACCCAGAGUAAGAAAUGAGUAUUACAUCACAAUCCAAUCUAUAUAUAAUCCAUUGUAUGUGUGUUUAUGUAAUGCAUAUAUGUGUGUAGGUCUGUAUCUACAUAAGGAUCUUGAAAAAGUUCAUGGAAAAUAUGUAUUAUAAAAACUAUGUACGAAUUUAAUUAAGCAUUUUUCUAUACCAAAAUACACUUAUAUUUUAAUUCCAUUCUUGAAUUUUCUAAAGUACUUUGUAUGUAUGUGUACAUACACAUACAUCGGGAACUACAAAAUGUUGGCCUUACAUAUUAUGCACUGAUUUUUUUUCUAUUUUUAGUUUUUAAAAAUUUGAUUACACCCACUUGGUUUAGAAAAUGCUGCUCCCUACCAUCCCACACCAAUGCUCACCAUUUUCAAAUUACCAGGAGUAGCAGUCACACUGAAUAAAGUACCUGUUUACUACAGGUUUUUAUGUGUUUUGCUGUAUUUUCCUUUGCAUUAUAUUUUAAUACCAUUGUGUCUCUUAAGCUGAGACUCUCCCACAAAUAGAGGGAAUUUCCAGUGUUUUG